UGAGCUUCCAGAUGUCUCCUAUCACAGUGAAAAACAGUCACCAUGUAGUGAUACAUGCUGGGAGCAUUGCCCUGGCUGUAAUUGCUCAGGUGAGCACAGGUAUCUUUUUUAACCUGGCACAGGACAGCAACGUUCCGAAUGCUCUGUUUCAGACCUCAUCCAGGAAUGUCUCUGAGACCUUCCCCCUGGAGGUGACUUUGGACUGGUGGUCUGACUGUUACUGGAUAAUAGUGGACUUGUGGUCUAUGGCUUGGCUCCUGUAUGCAGUGGUCGGCCUUUUUAAAAGAAAUGUCCUCGGCCCUGAGUCUUGCUGUCCGGAAAUCCACCCCCCAGUAUUUUAUUUUAUGUGGACCAUGAUUAACAUUGCAAGGAUGUGCAGCAUGGCCCUGUGGGACCGACACUGUAUACACGAAGCCGUCAUACUCGGGUGGAUUCUCCUGGUCCUCAGCUUCUACAUGCUCUACAUGUCCUACUCUAACCUCGACAAGCACAAAGUCUGGCUAGCUAUCAACAACCCUUCUGUGAUCUCGUGGACACAUUACCUGACCCAGAAUGGCUUGGCAGUAUUUGCCUGGUGGUCUCUCUUGAAUGCUGUGGUCGGUCUUGGCAUUGUGCUCAAGUACAAAAUAGAUGUGCCGGACCCUCUCAUCAGCACUGUUGUUCUCACCAUCAUCUCCUUGUGCGCUAUAAACUGGUUCAUCCUACAGAUCUUCCUGUUAACCAAGUACAUGCGCUACACAUUCUCUGUUUACGCUAUGCUCAUCCUGGGCCUGGGUGCCAUGUUCACCAGAAGCUAUCGUGUCCAUGACCUUGCUACAAACACAGUCUAUUGUGGGUUCCUUAUGCUCCUUAUGACGGUCAUGAACUUGAUCCAUUUGAUCUCUGCAUGUUUGCACACGGAUAAGUCAAGCAAACCUGUUGCCAUGGAGCCCUCUGUGACAUUUGAGGACUGUGAGAAAGUGUGGCACACAAACCUCAGAAGUGAUGACAUCAAGAAAGACUUCUGCAAAAUCUGAUCAUAUGUGGUGAAAGAAAAUUAAUAAAUAUGUUAUCAACCAAAUGUGCACUUUACAUGAAUCACCAACAGGGGGCAGUACUUUCUCACUUUACACUGAGAAAGUGUUGGACAAACUUAGCCCUGCUGUACCAAAAGAUGGCACAAUGGUUCAAGCUUUUUUAGGGUAUAUCUGUAUUAAGACUAUGAUUCAAAACUGAAGUUCAUUAAUAAAAAAAUUCAAAGCAUCCAAAAUAAAUAGGAAGAUUAUUUAACCAUUGUUCAUACUAUUUUUAUGUUUUUGAAACCAGAUGAUCUCUGUCCUUGUUUGAAAACAUGAAACCCUAAUGCACACUUUAACUCCUAAUAUAAGCCAUAUUAGCUUGGGUAUUUUGUUGACUCAUGAUGAUGAUGUUUUCAAACUUCUUGAGUGAACGAAGGUCAUUAAAAACCUCUAUACCCUCCUUGA